GACUCGGCUGGGCGCAGCCUUGCUGGGCGGCGGGUCCCGCUCCUGGGGGGCGGGUGAUGGGGAGGCCUGUGCCCCCCCACCCCCGGCCUCUCGAUUCCCAGCCGGGGCGGGCAGCUGCCCCGCAGCUGGCUCUGGGGAGCGUCCCAGGGGCGGCGCCCGAACGUAACAAUGCAGGGAGGCGGCGGCGCGGGCCGGGGGCUCACAGGGAGCCGGGGCUGGCGCCGGGACGGGGGUCCCGCCGUUGCUCGCCAUGGCUUGCCUGAGCAGGCGGUGUCUGCAGCGGCAGAAGGGCUUUAUCCUGGACGGGGUGGCCGUGGACACGCUGGCCGGCAGCUACGCGCACAUCCCGCCCAAGCUCUGGUCCGCUUUGCCCCCCUACAACGCCCAGCUGGACGGCCACGCCGCCAGCUACUUCGCGUCCCCCGCGGUCAAGGCCCUGCUGAAGAGCACGGAGCAGCACCGAGGUGGUACAUCCAGGGAUGGUUGGAUAGUGGAUUAUUUCCACAUCUAUGGGCCAGGGCAGAGGUACCUGAACAGGAGGAACUGGGCAGGUGCAGGCCACUCUUCUGAGCAGGUGGGCGGCCACUACAGCUUCCUGGCAGACGUGAAACCCAUGAAGGGCUACAACGGGUGCUUCGGCUAUCGUCGCAACACCCCGGACCUGCGGGUGAAUUCGUCCUGCUUCGGCGAAGUCACUGUGUUCCCACUCCACUGAUGCCGAAAGAGCUGCUUCUCACAUACCCCCGAUGCCAGCCCCUCCGGGUGCCAUGGAGACCUGGAGACACUGAUUAGGAGUAAGAAAUGGGAGCUAAAAUAAAAUAUUUGUUCUCACUUGUUC